AAGUCGGCCGCGAGAUAUGUCAAGGCUGUUGUGCUGAUCAAGAAUUUAUAUGUUUUAAGGAAUCGGAAUAUCCUUCUGGCAGUUACAUACAUUUAAUUGUAUAUAAUUCCUGCCUUUUUUUUGGAUUUCCUAUUCAUUCAAUCUAGCCGUAUUUUACUAAAAAAAUAAGGUCAUCACUGGAGGUAUUCUGAGUAGUUUAGCGAUUGGUCACACUGGUGCAACAAAAUGAGAAAUAAAGUGAAACAAAAUCGUAAAUAAAACAAAAUUUGUGCAAAUUGGGGGCCACAAGAAAGUCUUGAAUCGCGACUCACACGAAACCCGAUACGCAUUUAACCCACCACAGCAUCGGGACUCGCAUGCAGCAGGCUGAAUAACAACAGAUCAGACAACAAUUGAAGUUCUCCAGGCAAAAAAAUCAUCAGACUCUCCAGCCGCAGUUCGAGUUGCCAUGUCAGCUCCACUCGCCAGAAACUGGCCCUAUAUAUGGCAACAGCUGAACGCCCUGCUUCAUAACACCUCGCCGGUGAUAACGCUCAUCUGUGUGGUGACGACGUUCGGCUACCUGCUCUCCUUCUCGGACCAGGCAAUCCUUCUCUUGAGCGUCACACCGGGCUAUAUAUUACCCAAUGGAAAGUUCUGGAUAUGGACUGCAUUCACUUUCUGCUUCAUCGAGCUGCACUGGUGGGAGGUGGCCGUUGAUGUCGUCACUGUCGGGCUGUGUGGCAAGAUGCUCGAGCCGCUUUGGGGCCAACUGGAGAUGUUCAAGUUCUUCGCCUUGAGCAAUUUCGGCGUCUCGCUGCUGACCACCAUCUACUAUUUAUUCUACUAUAUGGUGACCAAGAAUCCAACCAUUCUAUUCGAUGUGCAUAUACAUGGCCUGGCCGGGUAUGUGGCUGGCAUUUGUGUGGCCGUGAGACAAAUAAUGCCCGAUCAUUUGAUCUUCAAGACCCGCUAUGGACGUCUGACCAAUAGGAACGUUCCUCUUACCGUGCUCAUAAUGGCAAUUAUUUCUUGGGCUAUCGGUCUACUGGAUGGCACAUAUCCGGCCAUGUUUGCCUCGGGCUCUCUGGUCUCCUGGAUCUACUUGCGUUUUUAUCAGCAUCAUCCGAAUGGGCGUGGCGACAGCUCUGAAAGCUUCACAUUUGUUAGCUUCUUUCCGAACGUUUCGCAGCCGUUUAUCAGCGUUUUGGUUAAUCCCAUUUACAACUGCUGUUUGCGGGCAGGCGUGGUCAAAACGCCCACGCCAUUGCGCACGAUAUCAACGGCCAGUCUAACGUCGAUCUCAGUGCAAAUGCCCGGUGCGGAUCCGCAUGAUAUUGAGCGCAGGCGACAAAUUGCUUUGAAGGCUUUGAGUGAACGCUUGAAGGCCACCGAUUCCACGCGGCAUUCCCAGCUGCCGAAGUCCUAUCCCCAGCAGCCGCAGCUGCAGCAUCACCAACACCAACAGCAUCAGCAUCACCAGCAGCAGAAGCAUCACAGCCACGGAGCUGGACACAGUCAUAGUCAUAGUGGAGCUGGUCAUAGUCAUGGCCCUGGGCCGGCUCAGACACCGCAGCCCGACUUCCUCAAGCCAGCCAGCAAUUCCGCACAGAUGCCCAUCACAACGUCGCGGGCCGAGCCGCGUAUGAUAAGCACUAUGAGUACCAUUGCAAUACCAAUGCCGGCUCCGCCACUGAAAGAUGGCACCGGUGCUGCGGCUCGAACGGAUCCUCAAGAUGGUGGAGCCACGCUAAUUAACUUGGACGACGUCCCGACGACGUCGUCAUCGGCUUAGACAGUGUUUCGUUUUGAACAUAUACGAACUUUUUUGAUAUUUAAAAGAAUGAUCUAAUUAAUGAUUUACCCCCAUUUUUGUAUGAUUCUGCAUCAAGUACGUACCUCCCCUCGCCCCUCUUGUAAUUACCGCUCGUUCGUGAAAUUGUAGAGUCCUUUAGAUUGAAUUAACGCUUGCUUGCUGCGCACACCGCGGUCCGUGCUCCUAAGAACCGUGAAAUAUGAGAGAUAAAACCUUCCAGGAAAUUUGAGAAUAACUAGAGCCUAUACAUAGAUGCAUACUUUCUGUUGUAGUU